AGAUAGGCACUGCUCGAUUGGCUCUGGCUCAAAACCAGCCAGUCCGCUCCUCUCUUAUACUAGACCCUCUUUAGUUCUCCCCUAAGUUUUGAUCGAAGUAGCCUACCGAAAAUUAUUCACCUUUUCGUCUUUCAAAAUUCCGGUCGCAUCAAAAUGGCUCUCUUCCUGGCUAGACGGGCUAGACACGUUUGUCCGAAAACUGUUCCGAAAGUAUCGUUACGUGUGCGCUUCUCUACAGCUGCCGACGGAAGUGGUGAUGAUGGCAAUCAAAAAGCACAAAGUCAACUGAAUAGAUUGCACACCUACGAAACCGUCGAUGACCCAAACUCGCUGGUCAAAACUACCAUCAUCAGACGAAACCCUGUUCUGCAGAGGGCGAAAACACCGGAGGAAAUCUUGGAGCAUGCCGCCAAUGCCGUCGCGAAGAAGAAACCGGAGCAAGAAAUUAAGGAUAAGACGGCUCUAUUGAAAUCAGGGCUUUCGGAUGAAACAGAUGGUGCUCGCAAGGAUUUCGAGAAAAACGUCUACUGGGGACACGAUGGGAAGAAGAGCAUCGUCGGAUACGAUAUCUUCCAAGAGUUGGAGGAGAGAUUAGAGGAAAUUCUUUCGCGUAAUGAAGACUUGGCCAAUUCAUUGGAGAACAAGAAAGAGGAAAAGAAGGACACAGAGAAGAGUAAUGAAAAACUGGCCAAAAUUAGUACCGCUUUAGAGGGCAUAAACCGACUGCUUAGUUUCUAUCUGUUAAGAUCUUAUUUAUAUCAGAAACAUUGGUGAAUAAAGGUUGCUGCUUGGUUUAACCGUUUGCGAUAA